CAGAUGUUAACAAUUUGUGUCAUUUUCUCCAUAUUAUUUUUGUCAAUCUUCCUUUAUAAACUUCAUUUUAUGCCAAGAUUGGACGAUCCAUAUGAUAUUCCUUGGCCAAGUUUUAUUUGUAUGAUUGUAAUGGGUACACUUGUAGCAAUGGGAUAUGCAUUUCAUUUUUUAUUUAAACUGGCAUUUCAAGAUUGUCCACAUGUUAGUGAUGGAGAUAUAAUUACUUUACUUAUUAGAUCAACACAACGUGCAGGACUUGUUGUUUUUGCUAUACUUUCUGUAUUUUACCUUAUUAGACGAGCUAAUUUUGGUUCAUUAAAUACUUGUUUUGAUACACUGACACGUACAAUGUUCAACACUACUUUAGUGUUAUUCCGUCUUGAUUUAAUAGGUUCAAAAGUUUAUGGAACAAUUGAGGAAUUAUGUCAAGAUGAGACUGUUCAAAUGGCUUUAGAAAUAUUUUGCCCAGAAGAGACGCAUAGUCAUUUUCAGGGAAAUAUAAAUUAUUGUAAUGCAUCAACAGAAAAAGAACUUGUUUGGGUUGGAUUAAGUAAAAAUCUUCUUUAUCCAGGAAUUAUUAGUUUGGCUACAGAAUUUAUUCCUGUUCUACUUGUUGUUCAUUGGCUAGUUUGUGGUUAUGGAGAGAAAAGAGCUGAAUUUUUGGCUAAAAAGAAAAUGUUAACAUCUGCUUUAAAAAUGCCUGGUUUUGUUUUUAACAUGGCAUUACCUGAGGGAAGUAUUCGCCACCCAGCAAAACCUCUAAAUGCUCCACCAAUUCCCAGCUGGAGUGAAAAUAUAAUGAAAAAUUUAUCUAAAAUUUUGUUUGGGAUGGGAUUUUUAAUUUGGUUAUUUUCUUUUUAUUUGUAUUUGAGAAUGAAUGGAGUUAAAGAUGGAAUACCUAUAUUACAAUCACCUUCAGAUAAUUUAAUUAAUGAAUCUGUCUCUGUUACUAAAUUUGUUUUUGCUUUAACACAAAUUGUUCUUCGAAUUUUGCUUUACAAUUGGACAAGGAAAAUUCCUUGUGAAACAUUAGAUGUCAUAUACAGAGCUGAUUCUUUUGUUGAUAAAUUAAUGAUGUUUACAACCUUGCCAUUUAUGGUCCCAGCUUCAUUAGCCCAAUUUCUUGAACGUCUUUAUUUCUUCAGAAGUAAUGGAAGUGGUACUUCUUUAUUAGAAGCUGUUGUUCUUCUAGAUGCCCCAAUAUUACUAAAUAUUGUAUCAAAAUGGCUAGAAGCAUUUUCUCUGUGUACACUAAUUUCUUUACCAAAAACCGUUCUUCACCAACAUAAAGGGCUUUUCCAGGAUUUAAUUAUAGCUUCAAUCGGGCUUAACUUUUUUGAUUUUUUCUCAACAUAUUUUUCUCUUGAUGAAAUAAUGCAUCAUAUAGAUUAUUUUAUUGCUUCUUUUCGAGUAAAAGGAAAUACUUUUGAUGAAGUUUUUACAGUCAUUGGUGUCUUGGCCAAACUUUUAACAUUUUCGAAUUUUCUUUUUACUUUUACUUGUGCUUUGGCAUGGUGUGAAUUAUUUUUGAGAUAUCGUAAACAAAAAGCAAUCUAUAAAGCUGUUAAAGUUGAAAGAAUUGAGGGGACAAUUUCAAAACAAAAUACUAGAAAUUCCCUUACUAAUGAUGUUGGUGAAAAUACAGCAAGACCUUGUUAA